AUCUUCUUGCCUCAUGGAUGGAUGGCUGCGUGUAAGCGACUUUGCAUCCUUCCAACAAGGCCCUGCAAUUGCCCGCCACUACGCCCUCGGCGACUUCCCUAACACUGCCAUUUCUCGUCGCUCGUUACGGACCUCGUUCGGAUCUGAUCGGUGCAUACACUCGGCCAGUCGACACUUGUACAUUGUACCGCCAUCAAUUGGCAUCUAGAAUUCAAGAGAGGAGUCUAGAGGACAGCCAGAGCGGCCGCGGCACAGACACCAUGAGGCUUCUCCGAACGAUUGUGCUGUCUCUCCUGACGCUGGCGCAACUCGCGCUUUGCGCAGAGGACUAUUACAAGGUCCUCGGCCUCAACAAGCAAGCCACCGAAAAGCAGAUCAAGUCCGCCUACAGGCAACUAAGCAAGAGAUACCACCCAGACAAGAACCCCAACGACCCAACAGCACAUGACAAGUUUGUCCAGGUCUCGGAAGCCUACGAAGCCCUCUCGGACGCCGAGUCCCGACAAAUCUACGACCAGUACGGGCACGAAGGCCUGCAACAACACAAACAGCAACGCGGCGGCGGCGGCGGCGGUCACCACGACCCGUUCGACCUCUUCAGCCGCUUCUUUGGCGGCGGCGGCCACUUCGGCAACCAACCGGGCCAGCGGCGGGGCCACAACGUCGAGAUCAAGGUUACCGUGCCGCUGCGCGACUUCUACAACGGCGCCACGACCGAGUUCCAGUGGAACAAGCAGGAGAUAUGCGAGGAGUGCGAAGGCACGGGCGCGGCCGACCGCGUCGUGCACGCCUGUCCGGUCUGCAACGGGCGCGGCGUCCGGACGGUGCGGCAGCAGCUGGCCCCCGGCAUGAUCACGCAGGUGCAGAUGCAGUGCGACGCAUGCGGCGGGCGGGGCAAGAGCAUCAAGCACCGCUGCCCCGUCUGCGAGGGCCAGCGUGUCGUGCGCAAGCCCACGACCGUGACGCUCACAGUACAGCGGGGCAUGGCGGACGGGACGCGCAUCGCGUACGAGAACGAGGCGGACGCCAGCCCGGACUACGUCGCGGGGGAUCUGAUCGUGACGCUGGUGGAGAAGGAGCCGAGUCUGGAAGGGGAGGACAACCCGGACCGGGUGGACGGCGUGUUUUUCCGGCGCAAGGGCGACGACCUGUUCUGGCGCGAGGUGCUGUCGCUGCGGGAGGCGCUGCUGGGCGACUGGACGCGCAAUCUGACGCACCUGGACGGCCAUAUCGUGAGGCUGGGCCGGAAGCGGGGCGAGGUGGUGCAGCCGAAUCACGUCGAGACGGUGCCCGGCGAGGGCAUGCCCAAGUGGCACGAGGAUGGCGACAGCGUGUACCACAAAACCGAGUUUGGGAACCUGUACGUCGAGUACGUCGUCGUGCUGCCGGAUCAGAUGGAUAGCGGCAUGGAGAAGGAGCUUUGGGCCCUAUUUCAGAAGUGGCGGGCGAAGAAGGGGGUCGAUUUGCACAAGGACAGCGGGAGGCCCGAGAAGCCGGUUAUGCAUGACGAGCAUGAGCAUGAACAUGAACAUGAGGAGUUAUGAGAGGGUUUCAUGUACAUACAGACAGUUGCACGUUUAGAAAUGUUUGGUAUAGAUAUACUACGCACCCAACCUGUGCUGAGCAGGCAUAAAAUGGAUCGUCGUUGCAUUCGUAUUCUUGUAAAUAGUACCGCAGUGUAGCCCAAGCA